CUCGACACGAGUCUAUGAUGCCCUAAGAAGAAUCUGUUUAUUAAACGGAAAUUAAAACUUUUUAAAAAGAUUGAAUUUUGUUGUGGACAUAUUUGAAUCAGUUGAUCAGUGGUGCAAGAAAAAAAAGUGAAAAAAGUAGAAGGAAUUUAAUAUGAUGUUGGGAAGCUACGAGGCGCAGCCGGAUUACUAUCCGCAAUGGCAUCAACCCUAUAAUUAUGUUACACAAUUACCGUAUGGUCCGUUGAACAUGCCAGAUGCGGAUAGCCAAUCGACGUACUGGGGCGCGGAUUCCGGGAUUUCUGGGGGUAGUUCUGGCGCAGGAAGUCCCACCGCCUCAACACCUCCCUUGAUCGAAGAGAUUGGUGUCCAGGAACCCAGUUACUCCCCUCUACAACAAUACCCACAAACUUCGAUGAACCAACACUAUUCCAAUCUAACUUAUCCGCCCCAACAAGACGUCCCUCAUCAUCAUUUUCAUCAUCAUCACCAUAAUCAUCAUCAACAAAAUCAUAGAAGAGAUAGCGAUUAUUCCACGGUUUCUUCGAUAAAUCAAGUCGAUGGUUCGCUUCAACAACAUCUUAGACAAGGAGUCAGAGACGGUGGCGUAGUUGUCAGGCCUAAAAGAAGAAAUACAGCGAAUAAGAAAGAAAGAAGACGAACGCAGAGCAUAAAUAACGCGUUUGCCGAUCUUCGUGAUUGUAUACCGAAUGUACCGGCAGAUACGAAGUUAUCGAAAAUUAAGACGUUGAGACUAGCAGCUUCGUAUAUUGGAUACUUGAUGGCGGUAUUGGAGAGUGACGAGGGAGAGGAACCGCAAACUUUUCGCGCCGAGAUUUUGUCCAAUGGCAGGAGAAACAAGACGGUUCAGGCAAAUCAGAAUGAAUCGUAUUUACACCAGACAGGUGUAGGAACCGAGGAAUCAUCGAAAAGCAAAGGACGAACUGGUUGGCCGCAGCAUAUGUGGGCCCUCGAAUUGAAGCAGGAAUCGCCUACGAACCAGAUGCAAUAAAAUUACUGAUCUCUAUCUAUUUUUGACGCAGUGGCUUCUGUUCUACUGUGAUUAUCAAGAAACGAAUCAAAUGUAAGGUUAGAUCAAAAUUGGUAGCGAGCCA